AUGAUGCCAGCUCCCCUGAUCUUCCUUGCAGCCUGUUUACUACUUGCCACUCGCAUCCCCCCAGCUGUGUGUCGUGCCGCAGAUCUGAGAGUCUUCGACAUCCACGAUCCCAAUGUCAACACAGCCACUGAUGAAGAAAAUGAUUUGCCUCUUUCCUACAAUCUGCAGGAAAAGUUACUCCAGUCUUUGGGGCAAAACCCCAAGUACAUGAUGAUUCACUCUCAGCUACCUCCAGAUUACCUGCAGAUGGUGAAAGAUGUCUUUGCUAAAGAAGCCAGUCGUUUCCUCCGUGAUAUUUCCUUAAAUGCAAAAAGCCUCAUGUCCGCCCAAAAAGCUAACCAAGAUAUGAUAGCAACCUUUGCGAGACGUUCCAAGAGACCCGCUGACCCACCCAACUCCUUGGAUCUGACAUUUCACAUCUUGAGGGAAAUGAUCGAGAUUGCCAAGAAUGAGAAUCAGUGGAUGCAGGCCGACAACAAUCGUAAAAUUAUGGACACAGUUGGCAAGUGAUUUAUGUAUUU